AUGGAAGAUCAUCCUAAGGAGCAAGGUGAGGAGGAAGAAUUAAAAGAAGAAAGUGAAAAUGAGGAACAAGACAAUUUUGAAACUCCAUCAAAAACACCAUCAAAGUCACCUUUAAAAACUUCAUCAAAAACUCCAUCAAAAUUUGUUCAGAAAAAUCAUCCAGAAGGCUUGGUUAUUGAUGAUAUCAUUUUUGGUGGUAGUAAGAAUCAAAUGUGUGAAGAAUUUGCUUCUAACAUGCAAAAAGAAUUCGAGAUGUCUAUGCUUGGAGAAAUUUCUUUCUUCCUAGGAUUGCAGAUUUCACAAUCAGAUAAAGGGAUAUUUCUCUCACAGACUAAGUAUGUUAGGGAGAUGUUGAAGGGAUUCAGAUUUGAGGAUUGCCAUCCUAUAAGUACUCCUAUGGUCACUGGUUGCAAACUCAGUAAAAAUGAUGAAUCACCUGAUGCGAAUCAGACUCAAUAUAGAUCCAUGAUUGGAAGUCUCUUAUAUGUAACAACUACCAGGCUAGAUAUAAUGCAAGCUGUUGGUGUAGCAACAUGGUAUCAAGCAGCACCAAAGAAAACACAUGUACAGGUAGUUAAAAGAAUCUUCAAGUAUUUGAAGGGUACAAUGGAUUUUGGAUUGUGGUAUCCAAAAUGUGAUGAUUUCACUCUCAGAGCAUACACAAAUGUUGAUUGGGCAGGUGACAAGGAUGAUAGCAAAAGCACUAGCGGAGGAGCCUUUUUGCUUGGCAACAACCUUGUAUCUUGGUUGAGCAAAAAAUAG